AUGAGAUUCUCCAUCUUUUUCUUCGUGCCCUGGGUGGCUGCCAUCACGCUCGAAGUCACCUCGACCGCUUCGGUCGAAUCCGCCGCCUCCACCGUGGCUUACGACAUGAUGACCUUCUACACUGGCAACCAGACCGGCCAAGUCCCCGGCCUCUUACCCGGCUCCUUAAGCUGCGAUCCCAACAAUGACCAGGUCUAUUGUUGGUGGGAAGCAGGUGCUAUGUGGGGGUCUCUGAUCAACUACUGGCAGUACACGGGCGAUACCACCUACAAUACUGUCGUGAGCCAAGCCCUCCAAUUCCAGCGAGGUCCGGACAACAACUACAACCCUCCCAACCAGUCAAAAAGUAUGGGUAUCGAUGAUCAGGUCUUUUGGGCGUUUUCCGCUUUGGAUGCGGUCGAGGCCAAGUUUCCCGAGGCCGGUGGUGACGAUCCUUCAUGGCUGUCUCUGGCGCAGGCUGUGUUCAAUUUCCAAAGAGAUCUCUGGGAUACGGCGACCUGCGGAGGCGGGUUGAGGUGGCAAGUGUUUGCCUUGAACGCUGGCUAUAAUCUGAAAAACACCAUCUCCAAUGGCGGCAACUUUCAGCUUGCGGCGCGGUUGGCGUAUGUCACGGGAAACCAGAGUUAUGGGGACUGGGCCGACAUGGUCUGGAAUUGGAUGGAGGGCAGUCCAUUGCUCCAAAACGAUACCGCUAGUGGCUUGUUCUAUAUCUGGGAUAACACGGACAGCAACAACAACUGCACCACCGUCGCCAAUCUCGUUUGGACCUACAAUUACGGGACCAUGCUCUCGGGCGCCGCGUACAUGUACAACUACACCAACGGCAGCGACAUCUGGCUUGGUCGCGUUAACUCAAUUCUCAACAGCUCAUAUUCGCUGUUCUUUCCGCAGAAAUAUGGAGGUAAUAUCAUGUACGAACUGGAAUGCGAAGAAGCUCAGAACUGCAACCAAGACCAGAAGAGCUUCAAGUCAUACUUGGCAAGAUGGAUGGCUGUUACCAGCAUCAUCGUUCCCAGCACCGCUGAUUCAAUCAAGCCAAAGUUGGCUGCUAGUGCUGCAGCCGCGGCAGCUCAAUGCGAUGGAGGUACCAGUGGGCGCGAAUGUGGCAUGCAGUGGUACAACACGACAUGGGACGGCUCAAAUGGGGUCGGCCAAGAGAUGGCUGCGUUGUCCGUGAUCGGCUCGACUUUGAUCGAUAGUAGUAUGGCCCCUCUCACUCUGAGAACCGGCGCGACGUCGAAGAGUGACCCGACUGCCGGCUCGACCGCCUCUAAGAACCCUCUGGACGAUUUAUCGGCCAUCACCACCAAAGACAUAGCUGGAGCUGCCAUCUUGACUAUUAUAGUGGCAGCAAUUUUCGUCGGUACUGCCGUGUGGAUCGUGUUAUGA